CGAGCACAAGGAGAAUCCCGUUGGGGAAAAUCCGUGACAGGUUUUCCUCUACCUCACAUCCCUUUCUAGGCACUGAAAAGAGCAUUUUCAAGUUACAGCCGGUCAGAGCAAGCUUUGCAGAAGGGGGUGUGUUGGAAACUGGCAGAGCUUCCUCUCGUGUGUGUGCGUGUGCCUGUGUGCAUAUCCGUCCUUUGGGAAGUGAACCCGGGCUGCCCCCUGUGGGAAUCGACUGGACGCUGGUUAUAACUGUUGAACUGGAUCGGACGCCGCGCGGAUUCUGUUGAGAAGCGAACAUCAUGUUGCCCAAGAGCAGGCUGGGAAAGCGCUCCACCAUGGGCGCGCUGGUGUGCGGCUCCUGCCACCCGUCCGACGCCCACCACCACCAGGAGGCGCCCCAGCUGCAUCUGCACCAGCAUCAGGGCGAGGCGGAGGCGGGCACCCCGUGUCUGGGGUUCGGCCCGAGACCUCACGGCGUCAUCAGAGUCAAGCUGCACCCGGGACAGAAGGUGUACGUGUUCUGCGGAGGCCAAGAGUGCUGCGGCAUGGUCGAGCAGCACAACCACGUGGACAACCAGGUGAACAUCUUCCUGCCGCAGCUCAACCAGCACAUCGUCCGCAAGCAGGAGGACGUCUGGACGACCCCCAACCCUCCGCUCGCCUCGCACUCCCACCCCGCUCGCUCGGUGUCCUCCUGCAUUGACGUGCCAAGAAGUUACAGAAGCCCCGUGUCUGUGGACAUGGAUGAGAUGAUGGCUGCCAUGGUGCUGACCAGCCUGUCAUGCAGUCCACUGGUCCAGAGUCCAUCUCAAGCAGAACCAGCCGUCAGUGGGGUGGAAUGCGGCGGAGGCGAACUGUCCGACAGCGGCAGCAGCGGCUACUGGAGCUCCGACCAUGGCAACACGAGCCCCGCCCCGUCACCAACCAUCGAGGAGACAGACAGGGGCGCGGUCCCGCCCGCCGACGAGGGAUUGGACAUGGAGCUGGAACAGGUCCUGUUUGACGAGCCGGCGCCACGGAAGCGAAAGAACUCUGUGAAGAUUGCUUACCGGUGUCUUUGGCGCAACUGUGGCAAGGUUCUGACCUCAGUGGUUGGCAUCAAGCGGCACAUUCGCACGCUGCACUUGGGUCAGAGCACGGAGCCGGAGCGAUCCCAGAGAGAAGAGGACUUCUACUACACCGAGAUCUACCAGGACAUGGACCAGAUGACCGUCAGCAGCGGGGUCACCUCCCUGACCCCUACCCCCACCCCCACCCCCUCCCCCGCCGCCGCCCCCGCAAGGCUCUCCUGUGCGUCCCCCGCCAGCGCUGCCCAGCACGUGCCCUGUCCCCCCAAAAGCGAGCCCAGCCCCCUCAGCCGCUCCGCACCCUCCGAGAGCUUCUGGCAGGUCCACUGCGAGCACUCGUACCAGGCCCCCGCACCUCCCCCCGCCCAGGCGGUGACCGCUGUGCCGUCCACCUCCCCCUCCUGCAUGUGGACGCAGCCUCUAACCGUCGCCGCAAACAAACAGGUGGCGCCAUUUCGCAACCGUUCUGUGAGUGUGGGUGAACAGUGGCUCCAGAACCACAGCGCCCCCAGCAGGUCGGUCCCAGCCAGUGUCUCUCCACCCAGAAAUCACUGCAACACCAGAAAGAUCCGCGGCGAGGCCAAGAAGUGCCGGAAGGUGUACGGCAUCGAGCACCGGGACCAGUGGUGCACCGCAUGCCGCUGGAAGAAAGCCUGCCAGCGCUUUGUGGACUGAGAGAGGCCAGAGAGCAAGAAAGAAUGGAUAGCAGAGAUCGAGAGAGAAAGGGAGAGAGAGAGAGAGAGAGAGAAACACCUCUUCCAAAGACAGGAGGACAGGCUAACCACAAAACCAGAGAAGCACCUUUUUUUUUUCUUUUUUUUUUUUUUAAACUGUUUUGUACCUUUUGACUUUUUAAAUGUUUUUUUUUGUUGUUGUUGUUUUUUUGUUGUUGUUGUUCUUUUAUACUUGCAUGCUUUUUGUGUUUAAAUUUCAUAACUGUAAUUGUACUUUGUUACAGCAUGAUUUAAAUGUUUUUGGUGCUUAAGACUUUGGGGAAUCAAAGAGCUAUUACACUGCCAUUCCCCUUAACUCUACCUGUCUGAGGUGAGUCUUUCGAGAUGUCCACCUCUGCUAGUCUUCCUCCGAACUGGAACAUGAUGACACGCAUCCCCCCUGCACACACAGGGGUCUUCUGUCUCUGAGCCACUGCCAUAUCAGCCAAGGGGAUUUCCCUCAAAAGUCAUAGGAGGCCCAUCUCCGCACGACGGCGGUUCUAAGAAUCGACUCGUUUCUCAAUGGCAGUCCAGAAAAAAAACAUGGCUGCCUACAAAGAAGCCGCUUCGGUUUCCCUGGGUCACCCCGCCCUUACUCAAACACUACGAGUGUGUGUGUGUGUAUGUGUGCGUAUGCGCACACAUGUGUGUAUGAAGUGGGAUGGCAGUUAUUGUUCCAGCACUGAUUUGAUAUUGAAGACCAUGCAGUAAGAAAGAAGUCAAUUUGUGGUGCAGGCGUAAGAUUGACCUAUCGAGAGGAGUUAUUAAGGAAAAAAAUAAUAAUUAAAAAAAAUACGGCAGCUUAUUGAGACUACAGCAGUUGGUGGAGCAGUGGUGGUUCUUUUGAUCCACUGCGUCCACUGUAAAAGCCAUGCAGAUCUGUGGUGGAAUUCCACAGCUUCCGAAGCUUUUUUUUCUUUCUCUUCAAAAAGAGAUGUUUUAUGUAUAAAAAAAAAAUGAGAUUUUUUUUUUGAGAUUUUUUUUGUUGUUUACUCAGUGACUAGUGUUUCUGGUGUUAUGUCAUAAUCAUUGUGCUCAUGUAUUGGUUGCCAUGGGUUACGUCUGUGAGACAAAAAAAAAAAAAAUUAUGUAAAAAAAUUUGAUCUCUGAUGACAAAGAAAUGAGUUCUGAUGUAGCAGCCUUCCCCUUUUCCAUGGUAAUUUGACACUUCCAUCUUGAGUUAGCAAACUGUUGGGUCAAGUGUACAUUUUGUGGUUCCUUCUCUUACUAUGGUGCAGUCGCACUGUAAAGACCACUCUUUUGAAUCGUUUUGAUAUUCUGUCUUGUCCUUUAAUGAAAGGAAUAUCAUGUGUAUGAUUGAGAGAGACAUCAGCUUCCAACUUUUUUGUGUAAAUUUCCAAGGAAUAAGACUUUGCAAUGUCUGCUUGUACCACAGACGACAUGAAUGUCUUAGGGAAUCUGCUCUACACGAGUCAGAUACUUAGAUACUUUUUAGUGAAAGGAUUUGUGUUCACAUUGUACUUAAGUACUAAAACAGUAAUAUCUUCUGUCACUUAACUGCCCAGGCAUAUGAGACAUAACCAACCGAAGUCCAUGAGUAUCUUGUGUUUAUGUACGUUCUAUAAAGUCAGUUUGUGUCAAAGCAAAAAAAAAAAGUAACACCUUAUUAUGAAAUUCUUUGUGUAAUCUGAAACCUUUUUGUAAUUCUUGUUUUAUUACAUUUUAUAAAAAUAUAUAUCAAAGCAA